CCCGAUUGGCAAAUGCUCGUCGUCCAGCUGCCACGCCCUCACGUCUCAUUUCUGUUCCUCAGCCCUGCAUCUCAUGAACUCAAAAUCCCUCUUCGUUGAGAUAUUGCCUCACCCUAGCCAUGGAAUAUGGCGGUUCUCUCAGUAUGGAUGUGUUGGCAGGUGUUUCUUCUCUCUUCUCUUCAGGAUCUGAAUCCAGCAAGCAAUGGGUGCUGUUCGAGUCCGGCUUAUCCAAGCGCGAACCGUGCGAUGUGCUUGAGGAGAAUGAGUGGACUCGUUCUAAGAUGGCCGCAGAAAGCAGCAAGGAAGUACCUUGCUUCCUUAGAUCCUCCUGCUCUCACUCUCUCUUUCCUGAUGGAGAGAAGAUGUUAAGUUUUUCUUCCAGGAAAUCAGAUGCCGCGGCGCUCAACACUGAUCGGGACUUACAGUUCUACCACCAUCCAUCAGUUUCAUUUUCUUCAUCAGCUCUCCCUUACCUCAGGAGCGCAGAAAUGGGACUUGGAAGCUCGAAUUUUGACAUGCUCGGAAUUGUAGCUGGGAUGAGAGGACCCUUCACUCCUUCUCAGUGGGUGGAACUGGAGCACCAAAUUUUGAUUUACCAGUAUAUUGAUGCAAAAGUUCCAAUACCGUCAAGUUUGUUGAUCCCAAUCAGAAGAAGCCUCAAUCUAUCUGUGUUUCCCAUUUAUUCCGCCGUCUCUUGUAAGAGAUCAUCAAGCUCAUCGGCAUGGGGAACUUUUCAUCCGGGUUUCUCUGGAAGUUCUGAUCCGGAGCCUGGUAGAUGCCAUCGAACUGAUGGCAAGAAAUGGCGGUGUUCUAGGGAUGCAAUUGCUGAUCAGAAGUACUGCGAGCGGCAUCUUAAUCGUGUCCGUCAUCGUUCAAGAAAGCAUGUGGAAGCUCACAAUGGCCGUGCCACAAAAGCAGCAAUUCCAGCUGUCACCUCCACACAAUCAGCCUCAGCUGCUUCCGGGGACAAUUCUUCUAACAACCUCACCAUUGCACAACAGCACAGAACAAGCUUCCAGCCAAGCAUGACAAAGCAAUCGCCGGUGCAAUGUAACAGACUGCCAACAAAAAAAGAAAUUACAAGUGAAGGAGUUCAAAGUUCAGGAGGCCUUCCCAUGCUGCCUAAUUUAAGCCCAAAAUCUAGAGGUACCCUGCUCCCUAUAUUGAAGCAGCAGAAACCCUAUGAAGGAACGUCAGCUCCAGCAGAUUUUGGUUUAAUUUGCACUGAUCCCGCUGUUAAUCUUCAAGGAACCUCCCACUCAGAGAGCAUCAGUUUUGCUGUGCCUGAUUCUGAAAUCAACGAUCUUCCUUCAAGUUCCCAUUACCUUGUACACUUCUUUGAUGACUUGCCUAACAAUCCAUCGGAGUGCUCAACAUUGGCCUGGUCUGAUGUUGAUGAGAUGCAAUCAGAUAGAACCCAGCUCUCUAUUUCAAUCCCAAUGCCCUUAUCAGACAAGUCAUCCUCUUCCUCACCAAACCAUGUCAAACAACCAAUUUCUCCACUUAGACAUUCCUGUGAUUUCAAUACCUUGGGUGAUAGCAGCCAAAGAUACCCAAAUUGGGUGCCAAUUUCUUGGGAACCUUCCAUUGGUGGCCCUCUUGGGGAGGUCUUAACCAACAAAAGCACCACCGCUAAAGAUCUUAGUGGAAAUUUAAUUUCAUCCUCCUCAAUGAGCCUCCUCCUGAUAGAUGGUUGGAGCUCAAAUCCAAUGGUGGAUUCAUCACCAACAGCUGUGUUGCAGAAGACUAGCUUUGGCUCAUUAUCCAGUAGCGGAGGGAGUAGCCCAAGGGCAGAGAUUGAAAAAGAUGGAAGAAAUGAAACAUGACAGACGGUACUGAAUAUCGUCCAAAGCAAUGUUGGUGGCAUUUUACUUUUGAAUUUGUGAAGAGUUCACAUUGAUGGCAUUUAAUUUUAAUGUAGAUGUUCUAAACAUUUUAUAUUUUACUGAAAUGCAUGUUUUCUAUCCUUUCA